AUGGACGGUACUCCAGUGGAGCAAGCUGUUGAUGGGAUGUCAGGAAUGGAGCUUCUCUGGCUCGGCCUGGUCGAAUAUAAAGAGCUGCGGAGGCUAGGAAAAGAUGAGCGCGAGAAGGCUCUCAAGGGCGUUUUGCAGAGAUUUGAGCUUCUGACUACUAGAGGAUCGGCUGAGCAGCGGUUAAGCAAAAACGAGAGCUCUAAAGAGCUAAACGAGACAAAUAUUCCGUUUCUGCUUGGCUACUACUACGUUGGGAAGAUACUGAAUGACUACGUCCAUGAAAACCGUUUAAAGGCUCUUACUGUUGCAUCCAAUAACUUUGUCAUCUUCCUAGAGAUCCUCACCGAUUAUGGCAUGCUGUCGCCCGACGAGGCUGCAGAGGUUGUUGUGAUGCAGCAGGAGGCCGGACUUGGGGGAGAAAAGGAUGAAGUAGACGAGAUGAUAGAACACGUAAAGCCUCAGCAGGGAAUAAUGAAGGCCCUGGCUACUCGCCAACGCGCCCAGCAAGAAUUUCGAGUUCAGCAGGAGGCAGAGGCGAUGCACGAGGAGAUAGCCAAGCUAAUGCAAUCGACCAAGCGCGCAGAUUAUGACGCCGCUCGCGAUCUUCUAGAGAAAUAUCUCCGUGCUCUCGUGCUUUCUGCGAAGUUUGGUGCGCUGAAAGAGCUCAAGUACCUUUACGAAGAAACGCGGAUGCUAUCAUUUGAGAAGAACAACCCGGAAGAGGCGGAGCGCAUCCGAAAAGAUCGUAUGCGAUAUGGGGCUCCCGAGAAUACUGCAAAGAAGAGCAUCAACAUGGUGUCACUGACCGAACAGGACAUUGCAGUCAUCGACAAGAACAAGCCCAUUCAAAUAUCGAACGCCGAGGAUCUGAAAAGGCUAGAGGUCAUCAAGCAAGAGGCCCGGAAGCAGGGUGCGUUUGUGCCGAAGGACUGCAUCGAACUUCUUAGGGAAGGCAAUGAGGCUGCUGCAGUUGCUAUGGGGCCUACCAAAGCGGGCCUCAGCGGGAUUGCUACGGCUUCCAACCUCACAACGCAAGACGUGCUAGGUCAGGCAGACGGGCUCCGCCUUAACGCAGAGCAGUUUACUGGCUUGAAUCUUGUCUAUGGGGGUGGGAAUCCUUAUACAGGCCAAAUACCCGGUGACCCUAACGGGGACCAUCGCAACGUGGUCUAUAAGGUGUCCAGGACAGAGACAAUGCAGCCAGGGACGAAAGACGAAGAGCCUGAUGAAGAUAAGCCUCCUUCAGACUACUCGGAUGACGAGGAGGUGCACAGACAGCGUAAAGACGAUGACGAGAACGAUGGAAGGAAGAGAGGCUGGGGGAAUCGCUAUAGGCGCAUGUAA